UUCAAGGACUUCACUCCCAGAGUGAUAUUCUUCUGUAGAAAUAAGCCUUUUGGAAUCAUGAAAGAUUUCUGAAAAGUCCUCCAGUAUAGAUUGUAUCGCCUCCUGAGUGUCAUCACUAACAGCCGGGAGUGCAGCAUACCCUACAGCUGUCAACAAUGACAACCAGUCGCAUCUUCCGGAGAAAAUCUACUUGUCGAUCAACUCCUAACAUGUGGCACUUGCGCGCACACAACCUUAUCAAGUCAAUACCCGGCCUAUUCCAGGAGUAAACAUUCCUACAUUGUGGUGACCUUUUCCACGAAAAAAUCUCUAUCCGACUCAGAGAACAGGGCAAAUGGAAACCGACCGAGGAAAUGUAGAAGCUCUAGGCUGGAUUGCGGGAGACGAGGUCUUCAGCCGCGCUGGACGGAGACGGAAAGCAAAACCUACACGCACCGCAAAUAUGGUAGGAACAAGGCCGAGUGAGAGCAGGACCCGAGGCUGAUCCGCUCCAUGCAAGGAAGGCACUGCAAGUGAUCCUGAACUUGGUGCCCUGCUUCACAGAAAUUGCAACGACGAGAUAUGCGCAGGAAUCAGCGGCUAUGGUGAACUAGAACUGCUCAAAAUUAGUCGCGACUCUAUCACCAUGCAUGUACGGAACAUACUCUGAGCAGCGAUGCCAAGUCCCAGGAAGGCAACCCGUGCGAUUGGGAACGUCGGGAACAUGAUGGAAACGCGGAGGGGAGCGCCGCACGGAGUCAAUGGGAUUGGCGCCAAGUUAGUUAAUGACCACCUCAAGGAUGCCGGCUGUGCCGCAUGGACUGCUUUGAUUUUCUCUAGCCUACCAGUCCCCGCUGCGAUUGUUCUCUCGCGCAAGCGCUGCUGAAUCACAACCUCACUCCCGGCUUGCUUGCUUGUUGUGAAGAAGAUCAUCACCUUGCCAUCGUUUCGAGGGCUUAUCAUACGUUAAUUAGCUUUGUCGGUUUGUCGUGGAGAUUUGACGGACGAGGAGGCAGGGCUCAACUUAUGGAAUACGAGUCUCGGAACAUCAGACGUUCUUUAAGAAGACCUGGCGAAGCAGAGAGACAGUGGUAAUUAGAAAGUGCGGCCUGUGAUGUGAUUUUUCAACCCUAUCAUAUGCUUGCUGUUUUCACAGCUGAGAAGGAGAAUUUGUGUAUUUAGGUUGAGUAGAAAUGGCGAAUGGAUACCAUGAGUACGAUAACAAGAUAGAUUACGUGUUCAAGGUUGUGCUCAUUGGAGAUUCGGCGGUCGGAAAGUCUCAGCUGCUGUCUAGAUUUUCUCGCAAUGAGUUUAGUCUCGAGUCUAAAGCUACAAUUGGAGUCGAAUUUCAGACUCGUACCAUUGUUGUGGAUCACAAGACUAUCAAGGCUCAGAUCUGGGAUACAGCUGGACAAGAAAGAUACAGGGCCGUGACAAGUGCUUACUAUAGAGGGGCCGUGGGUGCUAUGUUGGUCUACGAUAUCACAAAGCAACAGUCAUUCGAUCACGUUCAAAGGUGGCUUGAGGAGCUGAGAGCUCACGCAGAUGCAAACAUCGUAAUUAUGCUGAUUGGUAACAAGUCGGAUUUGAGCAACUUACGGCAGGUUGACACAGACGUCGCAAGAGUGUAUGCGGAGAAGGAAAAGCUGUCUUUUCUUGAGACGUCAGCCAUGGAGUCUACAAAUGUGGAGACGGCAUUUUACGCCGUUUUGUCCGAGAUCUACAAGAUAGUUAGCAAGAACGCUCUUAUUGCAGAUGAAAACCAAGGAGGCACUCCCCUUUUGUCUGGCACGAAAAUCAACCUUACAGACAAGGACGAUGUAAUUGGCUCUAAAAGAGCAGGAUGUUGCUCAAGUUGAACACGUCUGGACUCUUAUACUAUUUUUAGUGGGUGUUAUGUACAGUCAAUAAAGUAAGUACUUGUAGUUCAGUACCUGCUGCAUGCCAUUAUUAGCCAUGUAUAUAAAAUCGAUUUAUUGAGGUGCCGACCCAUUUGUAGAGUUUGUUUACAGUAGUAAAAGUUGCAAUUCGGGCCUCGUUACAUCCUUGGAGUUGAUGGGUAGUGUCUCGCUAGCCUGAGAGAGCUGGUGCACGGUCGCCGCUUCCGUUUCUGUUCCGAGUCACCUUAGAAGUGGUUCCCCUCUUUAAUUGGGUUGUAGUCUAGCCAGCCGAUAAGCACCGAAUUUAUAUGGUUAGUUUUAUUCUAGCAAGUUUCAUUGAUGUGCCACCGCUGAAUUGCCAUGAAAUAGAAGGUCAGCAUACGAUGCGGUCCGAUUUCUUCCUGCUUC